CCAGCCGAGCAAAAAGAAAUCGCCGGGUGAGCGUAUAUACUUACACUGGCCGUAAUUGCUUUCUUUUUGCCGUGUGUUUGUGUGUGUGUGUUGCGUGUCAACUACCCGCCUCGUUCACACGGGCUUCAAAGACCCGGCGGACGCGCCAAUUCUAAAUUCCGAGCAUUUUUCACUAGCCAAAUCAACAUUGUUUUCAUUCUCCGCCCUACCACGCCCUUUGCUAGCCGGCAGUGUGCACUCGAGAUGAAAGAAGUUAUCGAAACCGCCCCUUGUUUAUUCUUUUAUUAUUUAUUUGUGGACUUUUAUCCUACUGUUGGCGCAAUCUUUGCUCAUUCACACAAGAUAAAAGUGGUUUUCUCACCAGGCCCCAUUGGCACUGCAUCAGGUUUGAUUCCGGGCCGUCCGAUCCUGAAACAGGAUAGUUAGUGUGUGUGUGUGUGUGUGUGUGUGUGUGUGUGCGCGCGACAUGGAACUGGUUUUGGAGAACGUGAAAGGAGGGAAUGAAGAUGGAAUUCUUUCGUCUCUCGUCUCUUUCAAUGAACAGACGUUUUGCAGUACUCUAUUGGAGCAGUUGUCGUCACGGAGAUGGUUGCCAAGGACACAGGCAGCAGCGCUCACAUCACUGAGAAUAGCUGCAAGGGAAAACGACGGAGUUCAGAAACUAAGAUCUGAAGAAGGACUCGGAGUGCUGGUAAAUCUCGCCGACCUGUCACGUAACAUCAAACAGAGCUGUUUCCAUGGCGACACGCCCCCUCCGGAGGACAGGGUCAAAGUGAUAGUCGAAGCAGUCAAAUGCCUGUGCAACAUUAUCCUAACUAAUCAUCAUCUGACCACGCCCACCACUGCUCUGGGCGUCCUACAUGGUCUCGGUCUCAGACUUGGUCUGAUACGGAAUGUGGACCUACCGUCGGAUGUUCUGACCUUUGACCUCCGUCUCCUCUUCCUCAUAACGGCAUGUGGCAUAGCAGAAAGAGCCCUGUUUCGAGAUGAGCACAAUGGACUUUAUCUUCUCGUUAAUCUCUUGAUUGGAUUCUUUAGUCACAGCACUGAAGUUCUGGUCAACACUCCAUUCGAAUGCUCAGGAAAACUUCUGCUGCCUCGAAAGGCUACUGAUCCAUACACUGGUGAGUUGGGGUCACAUGAUCUGUCAUGUGACCUUAGGCUACUGAUCCAUACACUGGACUCUCCCUCUCCCUCCCUCUCUACCAUACUCAAUGUACUGAGGAACAUUAGUAAAGGAAGUCGCGAUAUCAGGAGAUUCUCAAGACCAAGACUAGUAAGACUGAUGACGGCAGCUGGGGGUUGCCAGGGCUGUGAGGGCAUGGCAGCUGAGUUCCUCUUUGUACUCUGUAAGGAGGACUCCGCCCGGCUCAUCAAAUACACCGGUUACGGCAACGCAGCCGGACUACUGCUUACCCACGGUCUCCUAGGAGGUGGUAAAUCAGAGACAGCUGCAGACUACUCCAGUGACAGUGAAUCUGAUACUGAAGACUAUGUUCACAGCAAACCAAGUAUAGAUCCAGUGACGGGAGGACCAACUGUGGAGAGAGGGGAGAGAGAGGGAGAGAGAGAGGCCAUGACGGAAGAGGAGAAGGAGAUAGAGGCAGCUAAACUAGUGGAAAUGAUGAGACGAUUGAAUGAACAAGGAGUGAUAAGAGUUCUUCCACUGGACAGUACACAACAAGACAUUCUCUCCUCUGAUGACAUUCCUCUAGACUAAAUUAUUAUAUACAACGAAUUUCAUUUUCGCAAGCAAGCGUGAGUAGUUCAUUCUUUCGCACCAUUAUUUUAGAAUCACGUAUAGAACGUAUAUCCACUGCCUGUCACCAAAAAAAUUAAUUAAUGCAGCAAAUAUUAAUUAUGCAACAACUAUUGUUACCAAAAUGUAUAGUUAGUUGUGCUCUGUGUCUAGUUCACAGAUGUCCAUGGUAAAGAUAUGGUCCUGAUUUUCAUCCUCCCCUCCAAACACCAGUAGUUGUUUGGUGGCUGGUAGAAAACAGCAUGCACAGCCACCACGUGGUGUUGGGAGCUCUGCCACUUUCUGCCACUGUUGGAUGUGUGGGAGGUACAUGGCUAUGGUGGAUGAUGGACUGUCGUCAGCCCCCACAGCAAGGAGAUGGCCAUGGAAUGAUGUAAGAGCUGGAAAUGGGGUAAGCGUGUCGGGCAGUUCCUGCCAUUCAGUUUGGGUCAAAUUAUUUGGUGACGCCUGGGCACAAGAUAUGGCAUUUGAUAUCAGAGUAGGAAUGAAGAUUUGCUUUGUAAAUGGGAUCUCUUCAGCAGAGACAUACGAAGUGUAGAGUGUGUCUUGAAUGAUGGCAAGUGAUGGUCGAAGUGUAGGUCUUGGUAGUGGUGACGCUGUGUACCACUGUUUGGAGCUGGUGUCCAACACUUCCACAACAUUGAUAAGAUUUUUAUCAUCUGGUGUUACUGAUCCCCCAACCACAACCAGCCACCUCUUGUAGCCUAUUGCCGAUGGCAUAAACCUAACUGUAGGCAUUGCAGGAAAUGGCUGUGUCCAUGUCUUGUUGUCACUAUCCAGCACUGACACGUGGUCAGAUACAUUAGCGCCUGGAACCACUCCACCAGCUAUGAUCAGCUGGUUAUCAACUGCUGCCAUGGCAAACCCACCAGUUGGAGCUACUAUUGUCCUCCACUGAGGACCUUCUCCUGUCAUACUGCACUCCAGUAUUGAUAAUUGUGCUCUCUUUUUCUCCUCUCGGUCUGUACUUCCACCCACCACUCUCUCCCCACUCCCUCUCACCUUCUUCACAGCCAUCAUACCUCCUCCAAUGUAGACCUUCUCUCCUAUCACCACUGCCUGUGCAACCAUUGCUCCCAUCGGCAUUUCAGUGGUGGUUUUCCACUUGAGAGGAAGUUGACACUUCAAAAUAUCUGGAAACUUUGAGGCCUUUGGUUUUCCCGACUGUUUACUUAGGUCUUCAAUUUCCACUGCUUGUAACUCCGUCACUGCUUGAAGUUCAGCUUUCUCCCUGGCUGUUACCUCUGCCGCUGUCUCCAGCUCUGCCUUCUUUGACCUUAGUUCUUCAUUAGCCUGGUUCAGAUGUUGUAGUCUCCUCCUAUUGUCAGCUAUCUCUCUUGCCUGUGCCUGGGCUUCAGCUGACUUGUCUGUCAGACUCUUUUCCAACUGGAACCUGUUCAUAUGGAGAAAGGGGGGACUUAAAGAAGCCAUCAUAUCUCUCAUUCUGUCCAGUGCCUGACUAGCAGUCGGUCGUCUUCUUGGAUCAUUCUCCAGACAUCCCUUGACGAGGGACACCAGACCAUGUGUCUUCCCCAGAGUAGCCUCCAGUGGUGACAUGUAACUCUCUCUCCGUUCCAGCUCUGUGCGAGCCUUCACCUUGUUCUUACGAGGGUCGGUGUAAGUUGAAGGGAGUAGAUCUCCUGGAAAUACCUGAGUGGCGGUAAAGAGGCAGAGGUGACCAAAUGAGAACAUGUCCAGUGGAGGACCGUAAUGCUCGGUGGAGGCCUCGGGAGGCAUGUAGACCAGUGUGCCCGGUAUCCCCCUCGUCAUGGUCCCGGCUAGCUGCCCCGGUCGGAGAUGGGUAAUCCUGGAAUUACCAAGGUCGGCGAUUUUUGCCGUCAUGGCUGCGUCAAGGAGAACGUUGCGGGCCGUCAAGUCGCGGUGAACGAUAACCGGAUUCCGAGUGUGCAGAAAAACUAGCCCCUUCGUCACGUCGUGGAGAAUCGACAGCUUGACGUGAAGAGGGAUGUCGGGAUAUUGCUCCAGCAUGUCGUCGAGGCUCGUGUGGAGUCGCUCCAUCACCAGAACGGGGAGUCGGGACUCGGGGAAGAAGCAGAUACCCAGGAACUGGACGAUGUGCGGAUGACGAAGUUCCGAGAGCAAACUGCAUUC